AUGCAGGACGAUUAUCACUGUAGUGGGAGCGACACCCUGCUGGGCUCCGCGAAUUCAGCCUGGCAGCCCCAGAAUCUCGCUUCCCUCCCGGACGUGGAUGCCAUGGUCCGGGCAGCCAAGACGCCGACCAUCCGCGAUGGUCCAAAACCCUCCUUCCGCACCGUGCUCUCCCCACCUCCCCAAGCGGCCUGCUCCUCCACACAACCGGGGGGCGGUGCCACCCACACCUCCCCCGCCGCCGGCCCGCUGAAGCGCGGCUGGCAGGGCCUGACCUCCUGGGCGGGCAGCAGCCCGUCGCCCCAGGGUCAAUCACCACCGCAAGACAAGCCCUGCCCCACCACCAGCCCCUUCCAGGGUGUACCCUCCUACAAUGUGAUGACCAACCCAGCAGUCGCCGCGUCCAUCGAGGGGCCACUAAGUGGCCAGAAACAGGCGGCCGCCAGCCCCCCAGCCCCCGCAACAGCGGCCGCCGCACCCGAGGAUGAGCUCAUCGCCUCGGCUGUGUUCAAUCCCAUGGGUGUGUCUGACGGGGAGCCCUGCCUGCCGCAUGCGCGCCGCGUCACCAUGGAGAUGCUGAGCGCCGUGCAGCUGGACUCGUACAGCAUGCACGACCUGGACCCGGAGUGGCGGGUGCUGCUGGAGAGUCUGGACGCCAGGCUCAGGGCGAGUUGGGCUGCGGGCUCCCAUCCCCUGUCGGACCGCGAGAGGGCGGUCGCCAUCCGCUCCCUGGUGGUCGCCACCGCAAGCAGGUCGGCCGAGGAGGCCAUGGAGAAGGCGCUGGCAGACGUGAGGCUGAACCGGCUGACGCACAGGAUGAUGCGGCGCGCCUGA